UAGAAUGUAGAACAAAUAAGUAAAGAGACCAGUUUUCUCCAAACAAACAGAUAGAUUUUCAGGAAUUUAGAAACUAUAUCAACGCCGUUCUUAAACGAGACUCAACAAAGUUCAGUAGAUAGAUUUUGAAAGAUGGAACCUCAUAUCGCUCUACUUCCAAGUGCUGGAAUGGGGCAUUUGAUGCCAUUCCUUCGCCUCGCUGCCAUGUUAGCUUCUCGUAAUUGUAAGGUCACUUUACUCACUGCCCAGCCUACUGUCUCUGCCGCUGAAUCUAAACAUUUGAAUAGCUUCUUUUCUGCGCAUCCACACAUUCAACGCCUUGAUUUUCAAGUCGUUCCCCUCCUAUCGUCCAAUCCUCAUGGUGAUCCCUUCUUUCUCCAGUUUGAAGCUAUCAUUCGCUCUGUUCAUCUUCUUCCUCCUCUUCUAUCUUCAUUAUCUCCACCCAUCUCCGCUCUUUUUCUUGACAUUGCUGCUGCAACGUGCGUUGAUCAGCUUGCUGAUCAUCCAUCAUUGUCUAUAUCCUACUACAUCUUAAGUACAACUUCUGCUAGAUUUUUUUCUCUUAUUACCCACCUACCUCACUUGACUCUUGAAAGCAGUUGUGUGAACUUGAAGCUUCAUGGUCUACCCUCAUUUUCAAUAUCGAACAUCCCCCCUCCUUUUUUCAACCCACAGAAUCUCUUCACAACUCAAAUGAUCUCAAACGCUCGAGCUAUCUCCAGAAUUAAAGGUGUUGUUUCCAAUACGUUCCAUUGGUUUGAGGCUGAGACAAUUGAAGCCCUCAACAGUGGCAAGACCUCUAUUACUCAUCCUCAGUUUCUGCCAAUUGGACCUUUCAAGCAUUACGAAGACCCUGGAAAAUGCUCUUCCCUUUCUUGGUUAGAUGAACAACCUGCCAGAUCAGUUGUAUAUGUUAGCUUUGGAAGUAGAACAGCUAUGUCAAAGGACCAAAUAAAAGAAAUAGGAGAGGGAUUGUUAAAGAGCAAGCAAAAGUUCCUUUGGGUAUUGAAGUCCGUCAAAGUUGAUAAAGCAGAGGAAACAGAGCUGAAAGAAUUGGUAGGACAUUCACUCCUCGAAAAAAUUGAAGAGAAGAAACAGGGGAUAGUUGUUAAAGAGUGGGUGAAACAGGAAGAAAUUUUAACACAUCAUGCAAUAGGAGGAUUCUUUAGCCACUGUGGUUGGAAUUCGACGAUGGAAGCAGCUCAGAGAGGAGUACCAAUGCUUGCAUGGACACUUAACGGGGACCAAAGGUUUAACGCAGAGGUGAUGGAGAAGGCAGGGUUGGGGUUGUGGCCAAAACAUUGGGGUUGGCUGGGCGAGAGAUUGGUGAAGUCGGAAGAGAUUGAGGAGAAGAUUGAAGAGCUAAUGCAAGAUCACAAGUUGAGGUCCAUGGCUCAGAAGGUGGGCGAAGAGGCCAAACGGGCUUGGGAAAUUGGUGGUACAUCAGAAGAAGUUGUUGGACAAUUAAUUGAAAUGCUCAAGCUCAAAGUUUGGAAUGUUUAAUCUCACCUAAUGGGUUUUUCCUCUUCUUACAAGAAAUAACUUAACAGGUAAUAAGAUUGGCUGCCAAGUCCAAUCAAGAUAAUCAAAUUGUUUGCUUAUAUUACUCAAUACAUCAGUUUUGUGAUAUGAUACAGAUACUAAAAUUAA